AUGCCUGUUCUCUCCUUUGCAGAUAUCUGUGAGGCUUUAAAUGUGACUGUCUCGCCAGGACCAACAGUGCGAUACGCUGAAGGAGACAAUGCUACCCUUUACUGCCACAUUUCUCAGAAGAGAAAGACAGACAAUUUGCUGGCUGUGCGGUGGGUCUUCGCUGUAUCACCUACCCAGGAGUACCUGAUGAUUAAAAUGACUAAAUUUGGGUCCGUCCAGUAUUAUGGAAAUUACACUCACCAUUUUCACAAGCAAAGACUUCGCCUUCUUAAAGAAAAACAUGGAACAAUGUACAAAUUUCUUAUUUUAAGCCUUCAGCCAACAGAUCAAGGACAUUACAUAUGCAAAGUGCAGGAAAUUGGAAAGCACAGGAAUAAGUGGACAGCAUGGUCAAAUGGCACAGCAGCUACUGAAAUAAAAG